UGCCGAUGUCCAGCAGUUUUCUUACAGGAUCUCUCUUUUUGUGGCCACCGUUUUCGGGCUCCUGCGCAACCUCUUGAAGGAGUUUUUGAGGACGUGUCACGCCCAAGCUCUGAAGGUCGCACUGAUGUAGUGGAACCAUUGACAUUGCCUUGUAACGCCAGUUCAGACAUGCGAUAACGUUCGAGGCAUCCAUUGAAUCUCACAUGAACUUGGAGUUUUGUCUUGCGGAACACAGGAUACGCUCACAGGCACAUCCGUAUUGAAGUUACGCAUACCAUCUAUCGGACGCUUAAACGCGGCGUUAUCGACUUCCUGUACCUUCAUCUCCCCGUCUUCCCCUCUACCCUCACUCUCGAUGGUCUCUUUUACGACCAAGAUCGAAGACGAUUCCCCUCUACUGACUCUUGGUGCCGGUUGGCAGCUGGGCACAGACGACGAUAUGACUAGGUUCUCCGGCGGCAGCUUCCUCAACACGUCUGAGACCGGCCGCAUGAGCCUCGAGUUCAAUGGAACUGGUGUUGAGAUAUUCGGCACGCGCGGACCACAACAUGGCUCUUAUCGAGUAACACUGGAUGGGACUACCUACACCUACGACGGGAGCUACGGCACGCGUCUCUAUAACCAGACAAUCUUCUCCAAGAUCGAUCUGCCCCUUCGACAACAUCAGAUUGACAUAGAAAGUCUAGAAGACGGAAAGAUUCUGGACGUGGACUACCUGAUGGUCACGUCGCAACUGGACAACGAAGAGAGCACGAUACCCCGCAGAGUCAUCGAAAAUACAGACAACGCCUUUUUGUACGACCCUGCAAAUCAAUGGCUCACGAACUCAUCGGACGCUUUUUCUGGUGGCUCAUCGACAUACACGAAAUACGUCAACGCGAGCACCACGCUUACCUUCGAAGGCGAGGGCGUCACACUUUAUGGACCAGUCGGCCAUCCAUUCUCGAGCUACCGCCUGAGGUUAGAUGGCAAGCUUACGGGACGCUAUAACGCAUCUCGCUUGUCGGAUAACUCACAGGCUAUCCUAUACCACGCCAACAAUCUUGAUCCCGGGCGGCACGAGUUGCAGUUCUUGUACAAGGGAUUUAAGGGCGUGCAUCCUGUGGCUAUCGACUACGCAGAGGUGUGGGGUGCCGCUAGUGGAGGUAAUGCAUCAGGCGGCGAUGCUGAACAGGCCGUUUCUACCUCAUCAGGCCUCUCUCAAGAAGCGUACGUCGGUAUCGGCAUCGCUGUUGUCCUUGUUGUGCUUGCCAUCGGUGCCGCCACCUUCGCCUUGGUGCGCCGGCGGGUACGGCGGCGUAGGCAGAUGAGCAUACCCCUACCCGACGGACACGAGACGCGACAGUCCAAUCAUCUACAGCCAUACGGCCUCGUCGCCUCUAUUGCUGCCGAUGCUUUCACUUAUGAUAGGAAAGGUUCGAGCGGUUGCAUCGUACCUGCAAGUCAUACUACCUACGCAGCGCGAACGUCAGGCAGUGACACAACACCACCUAGCUAUGAUCAGGCUGUAUAUGCGAGCCCUUCACUACAACAUGUUCGCUCGCUUCCCCCAUGAUGUGGCAACAGGGUUUUCCGAGUACUUGGCCACGGUAUCAUCGUACUGCCCGAGCAUUGAUAUCCAUAUAUGUAUACUUCUGUAUCACGGGAAGCAAGGUAUUCAUGUCCAGGCUUCCG